AUGGAGAACAGAAACAAUGUGUCUGAAUUCAUCCUCUUGGGGCUUACCCACGACCAGGACCUUCAGAAAGCCUGCUUUGGGCUGUUUUUGGUCUUCUACACAGCAAUUGUGUUGGGGAAUCUACUGAUAAUUGUUACAAUUAAGAGCAGCCGCCGUCUGACCUCUCCGAUGUAUUUCUUCCUUAGUUACCUCUCCUUUGUAGAUAUUUGCUAUUCCUCUGUCACUGCUCCAAAAUUGAUAGCAGGCUUCCUUGUCAAGAAGAAAAUCAUCUCUUUUGUUGGCUGCAUAGCACAGCUCUUUGGGGUCCAUUUCUUUGGUUGCACUGAAAUCUUUCUUCUUACACUGAUGGCAUACGACCGGUACAUUGCGAUCUGCAAACCCCUCCAUUACACAACGAUUAUGAGCAAGAGUGUAUGCAGUUGGAUGGUGAUGGCUUCAUGGCUGGGAGGGUUUGUCCAUUCGAUGGUGCAAACUCUCCUCACCACACAGCUCCCCUUCUGUGGGCCCAAUGAAAUAGACCACUAUUUCUGUGACGUCCACCCUUUACUGAAAUUGGCCUGCGCUGAUACCUACUUUAUUGGGCUCAUUGUCAUUGCCAACAGUGGCAUGAUUUCUCUGACCUGUUUUCUUGUGUUGACGGUUUCAUACAUCGUUAUUCUCAUCACACUGAGAACCCGUUCUUCAGAAGGACGUCUCAAAGCCCUCUCCACCUGUGCCUCCCACAUCACUGUUGUGAUCUUAUUUUUUGGCCCAUGCAUCUUCAUCUACAUGAGACCUUCCACCACUUUUUCAGAGGACAAGAGUGUGGCCGUGUUCUACACCAUUAUCACCCCUAUGCUCAAUCCUUUAAUUUAUACCCUGAGAAAUGAAGAGGUGAAAAAUGCAAUGAGAAAGUUAUGGAACAAAAAAGCCCACACCACAGCACAUGGGAAAGGGGUGGGGGUUAAGCCCUGGAUGCUCAACCUUGAUGUCUCCUUCACACAUAGCAAUCAGCAAUAG